AGAGUAGGGACAGAGGGAGAGGAGAGAGGAGGGCAGGACUGGCAGGGUGCGGUCUGAAGUGGCAACAGAUCGUUUUGGAUCACUCAAAUCCCUUCAAUUCAACUGGAAAGCUGCAGCUUGUUGCACGCCGGCCGCAUAUGGAGAGGAAAACUUAAGAGGGCACCAACCAAACAGCAGGCGAAAGUGGCUGAUGUUGUGACAGUUUCCCAGAGCAAAAGAAAGAGAGGGAGAGAAACCACAACACUGCAACUUGGAUAUCAGUAACCGCUCUCUCUCUUUAACUCUCUCACCCACCAAAUCGACUUUGAACCUGUUUGUUUAAAUACACGGACUUUACAGCCUGCACACUUACUGUUGAUUCUGUAAGGCGGAGGGGAGCGAAGUUUCUCAAUUUGGGUCAUUUUUUUUUGGAGCCGCUAAAAAACUUUUUUGCUGUCCUCAUGGUGCCCGGUGCAGCCGAGGUGCUGAGCUUCUUUUAUCCGAGUUUUUCGGACGUGAUGUCGCGACUGUCACGGACGAUGGAGUCGGGAACUGAACCGGGGAGGCACUGAAGACAUCUCUCUCCCCAGGGAGAGUCCUCCCUCCCCCCGGGGCGAUGCGGAUCUCCUUCCUCCUUCUCACCGCCUCUCUGUGUGCCUUGGUCCUCCUCCUCGCACCUGCCUCGGAGGGCUGCGGACCGGGGAGGGGGUACGGCAAGAGGCGGCUCCCGAAGAAGCUCACGCCGCUUGCCUACAAGCAGUUCAGCCCCAACGUCGCCGAGAAGACCCUGGGAGCCAGCGGGCGACCCGAGGGCAAAAUAACGCGCAACUCCGAGCGCUUUAAAGAGCUGACGCCGAAUUACAACACAGACAUUAUCUUCAAAGAUGAGGAGGACACCGGCGCCGACAGGCUCAUGACCCAGCGUUGUAAAGACAAGUUAAACUCUCUGGCCAUCUCCGUGAUGAACAUGUGGCCGGGUGUGAAGCUGAGGGUGACAGAGGGCUGGGAUGAAGACGGCCAUCAUUCGGAGGACUCGCUGCACUAUGAGGGACGUGCUGUCGACAUCACCACAUCAGACAGGGACAGAAAUAAGUAUGCCAUGUUGGCCCGGUUGGCUGUAGAAGCUGGAUUUGACUGGGUCUACUACGAGUCCAAAGCCCAUAUUCACUGUAGCGUCAAGUCAGAGCAUUCUGUGGCUGCCAAAACUGGCGGUUGUUUCCCUGGCGAUGCUCAGGUUAUUCUCGAGGGUGGGGCUACGAAGGAGAUGUGUGACCUCCAACUUGGUGACCGUGUCUUAGCUUCUGCAACAGCAGAUGGCCACGGUCCUCUUCUCUACAGCCCAGUCGUAUCCUUUUUGGAUCGCCAGCCCAACAUCACAAAGAUCUUCUACAUCAUUGGCACACAUGCAGGACUUAAUAUUACGCUCACGGCAGCUCACCUGAUCUUUGUCACAGACUGCACGGGUGGGCAGAGUGAGCUGGGGUGGGAAGAGACAGUUGAGGAGCCGCUUUUGGGCUCCAAACCGGGGGGCAAGCCUAGCCGGGAGGCAGGUCCGAGGACAGUUUUUGCCAGCGAGGUCCGUCCAGGACAGUGCGUACUUGCACCUCGAGAGAAAGGGGGGUCACAGACAACAUUUUCAGUUGUGACCUUUGUGAAGGAGCAGAGGAGCACCGGGCUGUAUGCCCCACUCACCCAGCAUGGGUCUAUAGUAGUGAACGGUGUGCUGGCAUCCUGCUAUGCUGCUGUGGACAAUCACCAUUUGGCCCACUGGGUCCUGGCCCCACUGCGAUUCUUCUACAGCCUCAUAAGGCCUUCUGAACCGCAGACUGAUGGGCUGCACUGGUAUCCUUGGCUUCUACAGAAGCUAGGGCAAAUGCUGCUGGAUGCUGGACACUUCCACCCUUGGGGGAUCGAGCAAGGACAUAGAUAGGACCCACAGAGACGUGUUUCACACUGAUGACUUCAUUCAGUUACCUGUAUUCAGGAGCACCAAAGCACAGAACACAGCUGUCUCGCUCAGCAGAAAAAAGCAAUUGAGUGCCUGUAUUUACUGUACUUCAACAAACUCCUUUUUGUAGCACAAGUGAAAUUGUGCAAGAGACAAAGAAAGGAGACUGAAACAAUCUGGUCUUUUAAUAAUCUCAAGAGACAGAGGUGUGCAAGAAAAUCAACCUAAAUCAAAAUCAGAAUAAAAUUUUUUGCUUGAAUACCAACAUAAAUAUGUUCAGUCCACUCACCUUAGAGAUCAAAAACAAAGAUUGUGACUCAAAGCGCUAACUUUUAUUAAAUCAAAAAAGGAGGUAGUGAAAUACGACAAUCAGGUUUCAUCAUUCUUUUGUACUGUAUUUCUUUCAACAUUUAUGCAUUUUCAGAUCAAGCUGUGGCAUACUGAUACAGUUAGAAGAAAUUUUAUCAUUGGAGGAAAAAAGCGGCGCAUCAUAAAAAAAGGUGUGAUUUGAAGCUCUGUAUGUACAUAGGUAUUUAUACAGUUAAGUAAUGUUAAGAAGGUUAGAAAGACACAAAUGAACUUUGCUUUGUUUACUUUCAAAAUCAUCGUUGCAGUAAAUCCACUGAUUCAUUAGUCUUCUCUAUAGAGUCUAUAUACUAUAUGUUAGAAUUGAUUCACAAAAUAAUAUUUAACUGGAAAAUUUACCGAGCUCAUUAGAGUGUGGACGGUGUAGAUCUAUGCAUUUACUGAAUGCAGUGUAGCGAUGUGCGGUUGUUGCACUGUAGCUUCACAUGCGGAAAGGGCUCUGUUGGAAAGCUGUUGAAUGGCAGGGAAUGAUGAUGGAUGCAGUAAUUGUGUUGCAGCAUUUUUAGUUGAGCUUUAGUUCAACAAUGCAGGAUAGAUGUGUGGUGCUGUGGUGGCCACCUUAUCACCUUGUUCUUCCAAGUCUGUCAUCUGGUUUUAUUCAGCUUGAUUAUCUCAGACUGGUUCGUUUGUACACCGGUAUGUUUUUAUCAGGUAUUUUGUGAGAUGUUUUUCAUUGUUUCAGGUUGUUUUUUUUUUCAGUUUUCAGGUCAGUAGUAUCUAGUUAAGGCAACACUCAGGCUGUAUUCAACUACUGUAUCAAGCAACAGCUAUGCAGUUAUCUUUAAUAGUAAGAGUUUGUUUGAUAGCUCUCCUUUACAUUAUUUUUUUAUAUAUUCCAUCUAUCACCCUAGACCUAAAUUGACAGAGGUACAGAAAAUAAGAUUUUUAACACUAUGAGAAGCAGAUUUAAUCUUGUGAUAUGUGGCUGAAAGGACAUAGACACAUAUGUAGCUCUUAUUGCCCAAGUGUCCCUUCAGGAAAAACUUGCUGAGCAUGUUUUACGAAGACUCAAAUAUUUAGAAACUCCAAGGCUUUCAUCUACAUGCCUGCUCAACGAUUUGUUAAAUAUGUAUAUUAAGCUAUUGUUGGAGAGACUAUUUAAAGAUCUAUUUUUAGAAAAUAAUGUAAACUAUUAUUAUUUUUGGCAACUCUGUGCAUACAAUUUGUUUUUGAAACAUAAAGUUGUUGUUUUUAAACCAAAA